AUGACUAUGAAGAAUUCUAUUCCCACAAAAGAUGAAGGAGAAAGGAAUCUUCCUUUAAUACUCAUGCCUUGGGUAAUCCUCCAGUCCCAUAUUUACUGGUGUUGUUCUGCACUGUAUUACAUCUGUCAUCCACCCAACAGAAGCCCGCCCACUCGACGAAAUAGUAUACAAUUAUCUACUCCACAUUUCUCAAAAUCCCACGGAAGAGCACGGGCCUUUUCCGACCCUACAUAUCAGCAAGCUGCACCUGUUUUCUCAGUGCACGAUACCAGUAAAGACAAACCAAAGCAAAAUAAUCGGUUUAUGAGCACAUUCCAACGUCGCCCUUAUCGUACUUCGGAUGACCUAUUUCGCCCGACUAUGCAACAGGAACGAGAAGGAACUACUUUACCGCCAGUGUGGAUUCAAAAAGCACGCCAUCUCAUGGGUUCCUCUCCUGCAAAUCUUUCCGAGCCUACAAAAUCAAAUUUAUCAGGGCCGACAGCUAGCAGUAAUGAUUCCAAGCGAGGACCCAUUCUACUGCGAAAGCUCAACAAAAAAAACAAAGAUCAAAACCUAGUCAAAUCAAAAGAUACCAAAAAAAAGAAAUACCUUGGUCUCUUGAAACAGACUACUAUACACCCCUUUAAUUAA